UGUGAAACUCUAAAAGUGUGUCGGUUUUUUGAAUAAUUGCGGUGAAAAAAAUUGAAAUUUAUUGUCAGAAUAAGAGAUAUUUCAAAAUGAAAGGUUCUCUUUUGGCUCUAGCAGUCUUAGCUGCUAUAGCUAUACCCUCAUUGGCGGUUGAUGAGGAAUGUAUACAACGUAAAUUGCAAGGUCUACGAAUGCAUUGGCCAAAUCCAAAAUCUUGUACAAGUUUCUAUCGUUGCACUAAUAAAAAUAUUGUACGAGAAUUACGCUGUCCAGAAGGCAAAGAAUAUAAUCCCAAGACAGGAAGAUGCGCUCCGCUUGGGAGAAAUUUGUGCAAAUUAAGUUUAAAGGCUCCCUUGGAAGAGCCCAACACUAAUCCGUGCGCUGACCAAAUAUCUGGUACUUAUGUAGCUGAUCCGAAAAGUUGCCGCAGUUUUAGCAUUUGCAAUAAAAAUUUGGCCUAUCCUCAGUCCUGUAAUGCUGGAAGUUAUUUCAGUAUAUCUGUAGGAGCAUGUGUGCCUGAUACAAAUACCGAAUGCUGGGAAAAUCUUUGUGUCAAUAAAGCGAAUUCUAUUUUCUUGCCAAACGCAGAUAACUGCAAGGGAUACUACGUUUGCUCCGACAAAACUGCUAUACCUCAAGAUUGUCCCGUUGGCAGUUAUUUCGAUACCGAAAACUUAAACUGUAUACCCGGUACCUGCCCAUCUGAUGAAACUGCAACUACGAUGGAGCCUUCGGAUGGAACCACAGAAACGCCAACAGAUACCACUUCAGAUGGCGAAACAACUAUGCCAACAGAUACAACAUCAGAUGGAGAAACAACUAUGCCAACAGAUACAACAUCAGAUGGAGAAACAACUAUGCCAACAGAUACAACAUCAGAUGGAGAAACAACUAUGCCAACAGAUACAACAUCAGAUGGAGAAACAACUACUACACCAUGUACACCGACUACAACAACUUGUACUACAACCACAACUUGUACCACUACCACGACUUGUACCACUACCACGACUUGUACCACUACCACGACUUGUACCACUACCACGACUUGUACCACUACCACGACUUGUACCACUACCACGACUUGUACCACUACCACGACUUGUACCACUACCACGACUUGUACCACUACCACGACUUGUACCACUACCACGACUUGUACCACUACCACGACUUGUACAACGACCACAAAAUCCUCAUCAACAACUACAACUUGCACAACCAUCGCAGAAACCACAACCACCUGUACGGAGGAGACAACAACCACUUGUACCCCCGAAGAAACUACAACGACGUGUACCGAAGAGACUACAACCACAUGUACUCCCGAGGAGACCACAACUACGUGUGCCGGAGAGACUACAACCACAUGUACCCCCGAGGAGACCACAACUACGUGUACGGAAGAUACCACAACCGAAGAAUCAACAACACCAUGUAAAACUACUACGACAUGUGCAACCACGAAAAAAACUACCACAUGUACAACAACGAAAAAAACAACCACAUGUACAACAACGACAUGUUCUACUUCCACUACCACACCCUGUACUACUACUGAGGAGACCACAACCACUUGUACUGAAGAGACUACAACAACGUGCACGCCGGAAGUAACCACAACCACUUGUACUGCAGAGACAACAACCACAUGCACACCAGAGGAAACUACAACUAUGUGUACAGGAGAAACCACAACAGAGGAAUCAACAACACCAUGCACAACUACAACAACAUGUACAACUACAACGACGUGUAAACCCAUCGCAACUACUCCUUGCACAACUACAGUAGAUACCACAACAACAUGUACCCCAGAAGAAACUACAACUACCUGUACGGAAGAGACAACAACUACUUGUACAGAAGAAACCAUCACCCCAGAGGAAACGCCGUGCAUUACUACAACCACAUGCACUACCACUACAACAUGUACUACCACCACGACAUGCACUACUACUACCAGGUGUACAACUACCACAUGUGUCAAUGAAACGAGUAAUUGUGAUCAAAAUAGAUGCCAAACGGAAGGAGACUUAAAACCAUUCCCAGCCUUAAACAACAACAAAGGUUUUUGUGUCUGCGACAAAGGAGAAGUGGAAUACCGCAGUUGUCCCGACGAUACAGUUUUCGAUUCAGUGUUAGGAGUUUGCAAAUAUGGAACCGCAGCAAUGCAUGAAAUACCUUGUCCCAAUGGCUACAAAGAGGGAGAUUUCAUUCCUCACCCAAUGAGCCGCCAACUCUUCUUUAUUUGCUUUAAUGGAGAACUGGUCGAGGCCAAAUGUGGAGCUGGUAACUACUAUGACAAGGACAGCCAAAGUUGCUUACCUGAAAAAAUUGAAAGACAACACAUUGAAAAAAUUAAAGUUGAAGAAGAAGUUGAAGUUGAAGAAGAAAUUGAAGACACCAAAUCGCGUCGUAAACGCAGUGUGGUUCAUCCCAGAUCCCUAGAUGCUGAUUGUUGUCCCGGUGGUUAUAAGAACGGAGAUGCCAUUCCCCAUCCCAAUGAUUGCACCAGAAUGUUGGUUUGCUGCAGUGGAGAAUUUAAGGAACAAUCUUGCAAUGCCGGCGAUUAUUUCAAUCCGAUUUCCAAACAAUGUGAGCAGGAUGUAAAUAAAUCUUGCCGAACUCCAUGGGGCCCCUGUGAAGCUGGCGAUCAAAUCCAAAAUCCUGCAAAUUGCUCUUCCUACUAUGUGUGUUGUAGUGGCUCUUUUAGGGAAGAGUUCUGUCUUAAAGGGGAGUAUUACAGUCCUGUAAGUAACCAAUGUGAACCUGAUACAAAUAACAUCUGUUGGCCCAAAUGUUCUGAGGGUGAACCCGAAGACAAAUGCACUGAGGGCGAAAACGAACCCGCCGAAGACUGUGACAAAUACUACACCUGUUCCAAUGGGGAGUUGGUGCUGAGCGAAUGCGGCAUAAACAAUUAUUUUGAUGCUAUCAAAGGCGAGUGUCUCCCAGAUACCAAGCAUGUUUGCUGGAUUAAUUUGUGCGCCAAUGAGAGCACGGGCACUCUAUUGCCUAAUCCCUUGGAAUGUGAUGCCUUCUAUUCCUGCAAAAAUGGCCAAUCGACAAUAUGGCAAUGUCCCGAAGGGGAAUACUUUGAUGCCACCGAACUUGCCUGCCUUCCCGAUUUACAAGCUGUAUGCUAUAAUCCUUGUGCCAGCGAGCAGCAAAUCACCGUACUACCGCAUCCAAGUUGCAACAAGUUCUACUGGUGCAAUGGCAACCAGACAUUGGUGGGCACCUGUAACCAAGGUGGCUUCGAUGAAAGCAUAUUAGCUUGCAAUCCCGAAAUAUCUUGUUCCACCAACCUGUGCGAAGGAAAGCCCAAUUACUAUCCCUUCCCGGAUCCGGAGAGCACCUACAAUGUUUAUAUUUGCAUAAACGGAGUUCCAGUAUUGUUCACAUGUCCCAAUGGUACUCAGUUCGAUGGCACGGUGUGUGCUCAUGCUUCAGAUCCCGAUUGUGAUGCCGAACUUUGUGAUACACUUUCACCAUACGAAGCCUUCCCAACUUUAAAUGUCACAGACACCAAUGCCUUCUGCAUGUGUGUCAAUGGUUACGCCAACAGAUAUGAGUGUCCUGCCGAAUAUAUCUUUAGUGCCGAAUACGGCAGAUGUGUGUCGAAUGAGCCUUGCGAUCCCAUGAUUUGCAAAACAAGCCCUGAUUUCUUUGUGUUUGCCAAUAACAACGACACCAACAGCUUCUGUUUGUGUCUGAACAAUGAAGCGAUAGUUGUUGAAUGCCCCAGCGGCAGUUAUAAUCCCUACACCUCAUCCUGUACUGAUGUAGAAAUAUCGAAACAAUGUGAUCAACUUGUAUGCCGCAAUACAAGCGAUGAUUAUAUCUAUUCUGCCGAUAACUCCUCUCUCAAUGGAUUCUGUAGAUGUGUAUCUCAAGUGGGCGUAUUUGAGGAUUGUCCCGCAAAUUCCCAAUUCGAUCCAACAAUGAAUCUGUGCAAAAUGUUCAGCAUUAAUUGCGAUUCCUCGCAAUGUCCGAGUGGCACAGAUAUUGUAAAAAUUCCUGCCCUCACCACCGAGCAAGGCUAUUGUGAAUGUGUUAACGGCAGUGCCACAUAUUACAAUUGUGAAAACUAUGGUGAUUUUAACGCUAUCACCAGUGAAUGUGAUCCACCCGUUUGUAAUCCUACAGAGUGCGUGGGAGCUCCAGAUGGCAAGGCAUUCCCAGCUUACGGCAUUCCAACAGGUUUUUGUCUAUGCGAAAGCGGGAAAGUUCAAUAUUACGACUGUCCUGGAGGAGGCGUUUUCAGCAAUGUAACCGGAGCUUGUAAGGUGCCUUUGCAAAACUGCAACAGUAACAUGUGCAUUGGCAUAGCGAAUGGUGACAAAGUGGCCGCCCUGUAUACGCAGUACGGUUAUUGCUUAUGCAAUGGCAACUUAGCUACCUAUGAGGACUGUCCUAAUCAGUGGAUUUUCAAUGCGGAUACACAAAGUUGUAGUCCUAAACAAGUUCCCAUUGAGAAUGUAUGCGACGUGAGUUACUGCAAUGACCCUGAGGCCACCGUGGGCGAAAGAUUCCCCUCAUAUAACAAUGUCUAUGGCUACUGUAUGUGCACAGAUUCCGGCACCACUUUUGUGAACUGCGGCGCAGGCGAGAUUUUGGAUCUUUCCACAAUGGCAUGUGGUCCUUCGGCCGCUAGUCAAUGUGACUUGGCCCUGUGUGCCAAUGCUACAGCGGACAAUACCUAUACCACACCGGCCAAGAGCAACAAUACCCUAUUCUGUUUCUGUGCCGGUCCCGACAAUGUCAUGCUGCUCAGCUGUCCCGAUGGCAAAUACUAUAGCCAAGAACAGCAGUUGUGUGUCAGCAGCAUACAAGAGGGAUGCUCUUGUCCCAAUGGUCUUCAGAACGGAGACAAAGCUCCAGACACUAGCGAUUGCACUCAAUACUAUGUAUGCAAUAGUGGCUCCAUGCGCCUUCAAUGUUGUCCCACUGGCCAAUACUUUAAUAUAGAUGCCAAUUUCUGCUCUGUCGAUAAUGGAACAUGCAAUCCAAAUACAAAUGCCCGCACCUGCGUGGGUGCAUACCGUGAGGGCGAACGCAUAAUCCACCCAUAUAAUCAGCGAAUGUAUUAUGUGUGCGAAAAUAAGAUGUUGCACGAACAUGAUUGCGGUCUGGGUCGCAUUUUCAAUCAAUUCAUCAACCAAUGCAUGAGGGCCCCACGCAUUCACAAUCAUUUAAUGAGCAAACGAUCUGUCGAUGUCGAUGAAUUCUUUUGUAUCAAUGGAGAAAAGCGCUCGGUUCCCUCCAACUGUUCCCAGUACGAAAUGUGUGUAAAUCAAAACUGGAAACGUCAAACAUGUACGAAUUUACAAUACUACAAUCCAGAGCAAAAGAAAUGUCUAGAACCUCGAGAUGAUACAAUCUGUGAAUAUGCCAGGGUAAAAAAUCUGCCAGAGUGUACCAGUAAAAUGGAACAACGCUUACAUCCGGGACAUAUGUGUCAACAAUAUUUUCGUUGUCAAAAAGGCAAAUGGCGUUUGAAGACCUGUGGCAAAGCUCAGUAUUUUGAUACAUUUUUGGAGGCUUGUCUUCCCCAUGGCCAAGGAAAUAAAUUCAAAUGUCCUAACAUAUCUCAGUCUUUGAUUUUCAAAACUCAGCAAAGCCAAUGUGCCCAUUUGUCGAUGAGGCCAUAUGAGGAAAAUUGUGCCAUGUAUCUAAUGUGCCUGGAGGAUCAAUGGUGGUAUCAAUAUUGUCCAUUGGGCAUGUACUUUAAUAGAUCUCUUAAUUACUGUAUGCCCGAUUCUGAUAACAAAUGUCCCAAGGCGAUCAAAUCUAACAACGUCACAGCUGCAGUAGAAGAUUUUGUUAAGGAGAAAUGCAACCACGAAGGGGUCCUCCGUCCCUCAGCUUUGGCCUGCAAUCGUUACUACAUUUGCAUAGGGGGACAAUGGCUACAACAGCAAUGUGCCUCCCAAGAGUUCUAUGAUGUGCAACACAGUAAAUGUGCGCCAGAUGUAAAUGGUUUAUGUGCUCAACUUCAAAUGGACUGUAUGCCACAUGAGAAACGCCCGUUUCCUUUGAACUGUUCAGCCUACGAGGAAUGUUCAAGCAAUGGUCAAUGGCAGAGAAUGGAUUGUGCAGCAACAGAGUUCUUUGAUGAACUAUUACAGCGCUGUGUACUCAACGAAGAGGGGUUGUGUUCAUCCCGUGGUCUGACCCGAGUGUGUAAUGAGCGUGAGACCAGACGUGUAACCAUGAAUUGUAGCCAGUUUUACUAUUGCGACAAAGACAAUUGGGUUUUGGGAAAUUGUUUGAAGGGCCACAUGUAUUUGCCGGAGAAACAAACCUGUAUUCCCCACAGCGUGAGCGAUACGUGUUCACCAUUCCAUGACCUGGAGAUGCAUCUGCAAACCCCUUUAUCCGAGGCAAAUGCAACGAACAUAUGUGAGAAUCAAGAAGAGGGCGCUUCUGUGCCCCAUCCCUCAGAUUGCACACGAUAUUUCAUAUGCGUUUCGCCUUCAAGACCAUAUGAGAUGCAAUGCUCUGUAGGCAGUUUCUUUGACAGCUCCUCAAGUUAUUGUCGUCCCAAUGAUGGCUCCUGUCGUCUACAGUUGACGGGCGCCUGCGAAAAUGCCACCGAUGGUUCCUUUGUGGCCCAUCCCUCAGAUUGCCAAUCCUACUACUCAUGUUCCACUCUAACGGGAACGGAAUUGAAGCAUUGCCCCGAAGACCAAUAUUAUCAUAAUUUCACGCGUCAGUGCCGCGUAGAUCAUGGCGAAUGCAAAGGAGCCAACGGCAGUAAUGCCAAAUGUGCAAAUGCUACUCAUGGUACACGGCUGCCACAUGAACGUUAUUGCAACAUUUACUACGCCUGCGUAAAGGGCUUACCCAUACCCGUGGAAUGCCCCGACCAUUAUCAAUUCAAUGCCCUGCUGGGCAAAUGUCUGUAUGAUGACGAGAAUCAAUGUCAGGAUGGUCAAUUGGUGGAUAGCAACCAAACCACUUACAGUUGUGGUAAUUUAUCCGAUGGAUCCUAUUUGCCCGAUCGCAAGGACUGUACCCGCUAUUACAUAUGCUCCGAGGGUAAGGCCCAACCUAAGAAAUGUGCUGGCAGCACGUUUUUCGAUGCAGAGCAGCUGCUGUGUGUGCCUGACGAUGGCUCCUGCCCCUUUGUUGAUGAUGAUGAGCCCAACCAACAUCCGGUGCCCCCUGACCCCAUAGUGUGUGAGGGAAAGCAUGGCUAUUUGAUGCCAGAUCCCUUGAACUGUAAUAAUUUCUAUGUCUGCCUUAACAGCAAACUCAGACAUGAGCGUUGCUAUCCCCAGCAUUUCUUUAACGCCUCAAGCAAUCAAUGUCACCCCAAGAUGGAGCAAAAUGAGGAAGACAUUGAACUUAGUGCAGAAAUAGAAACGAAAAUCAGAAAAGACCAAUGUUGGGAUAACAUCACUUCAGUAGAACAAAUGUGCUUGGAAUAUCCACCUGGUUCAACUCUGGCUGAGCUGGGAGAUUGCCGAUUUUUUAUCACCUGUCAGCAGGAUGAUGUGCCCAUUGCCCAAAAAUGUCGCAAUGGUGAAAGUUACGAUAGUCUACUUGGUUUUUGCAGACAAAAUGAUGGCACCUGCCUGUUGGAAAAUGGCAAAAGGGUUGGAGAAUGCAAUGACCGCCAUGGCCAAUUGGCCAGAGAUGCCAAUCAUUGUCGGCAGUAUUUCACCUGCAUAAAUGGUCAGAAAAUUCCUCAGACUUGUCAGGAGCACGAAUAUUUCAGUAAAUCUCAAAAUAUGUGCCUUAAUGAUACCCUGAAGAUAUGCAAUCCCGAGCAGGAAGAAAUCGAAGAAAUUGGUCAGCAAAGUUGUGUGGGCCUAAGUGAAUCUGUCUUAUAUCCCUACAUUUACGACAAUUGCCGUUCAUAUUUCCAAUGUGUAAAAGGUGUGGCUAAAAUCCAUCAAUGCGCCGAUGAUUUAUACUUCGACCCCGUGGCCAUAAAAUGUGUUAAGGAACCCACAGAAUGUGUGAUGCCCCAAAAGAAUGUGCAAAGGACGCAGGAAUUUAAGCGACAUACCUACGAGGAGUUAUGCCUGGGAAAGGAGAAUGAUAAAAUGUAUGCCAAUGUGGAGAAUAAAUGUCGCUCUUAUUACAUAUGUCGCGAAUCUGGAGAAGUUGUUCACGAAUUGUGUCCUUUGGGUAUGGCCUAUGAUAAGAAGCAAAAUCAAUGUGUACCACAAAAUAAAGCGAUUUGUUUAUAAAACAUUUUUUUUUGUUAUAAAAGACUUCCCAAAAUCCAAUGAAAUUCGUUUGGUUACAACUACAAGAAACAUGAA